AUGUUUAAGAAUCUCAUCAAGAAUGAUCUCCUCAAGAAAGAAACAGAGCAACGGGUUUUUCUAUCCAAUGCACUGCUAACCGAGAUUCUGCAGAAGGAAUACUUUAUGGACACAAUACUGAUGCACAAAUUCGAAGUGGAGAUAUAUCUGAAUGUGCUGAAACGUUACAUAAAGUGUUGGCCCGAUUGGGAUACAUUUGCGGAUGACGUCGUCGAUUUGCAGGACAAGGGGGACGAGGAGGGUAUCGCGACGCUGCUCAAAGAGAAACGUCUGAGUAUGAAGGAGUACUUGGGCGAAAUGCUGGACAUCGCCCAAGAGCUGGCGGGCGAAAAGGUGGAGGAGCUACUGGCGAAAGAGAGGAGAAGCGACGAGGGAGUGAUCAUGGAGGUGGAGGCGACGGCGCAGCAGUUGCGCAGCCUAUUCUACCGGCAUCCGCUGCGCGGGAGCAUAUUCAACGCGAGCGACGGGCCCCCACCGGCGCUCCGCAGCCCCAAAAGGCUCACUUUCGAGUCGAUCGUGAACUGGACCGGCGUGGAGAUAGCGAUCAACUUAAAGGCCGAAGACAAGCUGCUUAUAUACAAGCGGCGGAACAUCCACAAGCUGGAGCACAAGCUGGUCAACAUGAAGCUGGAGCGGCGAGAGCGCCAGGGACCGGAUCUGAACGGGAGGGUGAUGCUGAAACUGGGGAAGCGGCGCGUCACAAUGACGAGGGACGCGCUGGAAAAGCUCCUGAGGCAAGCGUUGAGCUCCGAAGCGAACGAGAAUUGGUACUCGGUCCGCAACGUGCUGGAGAAGGCGCUGAUAGAUGAGCUAGCGCACCUGCCCGAGCGUCUGGACAUCGAUUGCGACCUCAAGCGGCACAUAAGCGGCCGCUACGAAAGGUACUUCAGCCAGGAGCCGGAGGGGGGCGAGGGCGCGGAUAAGUACGAUCUACGGCUGGAGGAGGUCGUCUCGCCGAUCGCCCAAUACAGCUUCAGCCUGUGCGGACUUCCCAUCACCGAUGACGGCCAAGAGUGCAUCGCUCUCAGCUGCCACCCCUGCCAAGCGACCUUCGACGGCGGCAGCGCGGUGUGCGACAUCCUGAAGCACUUCAGCGCCCUCCACGUGGCCGAACCCGACUGGACUUGCCCGAAGUGUCUCAGGGUGUUCACGAUGUCCGCUUUAACGCACGCUGCGUGGGACCACACUUGCGGGGGCGGCGCA